UUCCCCCCUGCACGCUAACACUUGCACCCGCCUGUGCGCCGAGCGGUACCGAACCUGACCGACUGGACUAAUUCACUGGACCCUGCGACCAGCACGCGCGGACCACCUCCCUACUUCACCAGAACCUCCUCAUCCUCAUCGUCACCCUCCUCAUCUUCCUCCAUGGAUGCAAAGGCGUCAAGUUCGGAGAAGUCUCAGCUGAUCCACGACAAGAACGGGAAGACCUACUGCGAGCGCGUGCACAGUUCCUUCCCGGACUCAAGCGAGCACUUCCCCGACUUCGCGUUGAAGAAUGGCGGCGGCACGGCGGGCAGCGUGGAUCUCCCGCGGCCGGCCGCUGCCCACUGCCACCGGCGUGCGGCGCCGUCAGCGGGCAGCGAGGACGGCGGCGGCGAAGACGCCGUGCUGGCUAAGAAGAAACUCUACAUCGCAUCCGCCGUAUGCCUGGUCUUCAUGAUUGGUGAAAUCAUCGGAGGGUACCUGGCCCACAGCUUGGCCAUCAUGACGGAUGCGGCCCACCUGCUGACUGACCUGGGCAGCAUGCUGGUGAGCAUCUUCUCCCUGUGGAUCUCCUCCAGACCCCCUACCAAGACCAUGACCUUCGGAUGGCACCGCUCAGAGAUCCUGGGGGCCUUUUUGUCCGUCAUGUCCAUCUGGAUGGUGACGGGCGUCCUGGUCUACUUGGCCAUCGAGAGGAUUGUCCGCGACGACUAUGAGAUCGAGGGUCACGUGAUGCUGCUCACCUCCGCCUUCGCCGUCGUCGUCAACAUCCUCAUGGCGUACAUCCUGCACCAGUCCACCACCUUCCACACCCACGGUCGCGGCUACCGGCAAAUCGAGGAGCACGCCCGGAGCCCGCAGGCCCCUCACGGCCACGCCCUGCUGGGCGGCGCCCACGGCACCACCAGCGUGCGGGCGGCGUUCAUCCACGUGGUCGGAGACCUGCUGCAGAGCGUCGGCGUCAUGGUGGCCGCCAUCGUCAUCUAUUUCCGGCCUGAGUACAAAGUGGCCGAUCCCAUCUGCACUUUCCUGUUCUCCAUCUUUGUUCUGUGCACCACCGUCACCAUCCUCAGAGACGUCUUCAGGAUACUCAUGGAAGGUUCUCCCAAAGGCAUCGAGUUCAAGUCAGUGAAGGAGGUUCUGCUGUCGGUGAAGGCGGUCCGCUCGGCCCACUCGCUGCACCUGUGGGCGCUCACGCUGGGGCAGACGCUGGCCUCCGCCCACCUGGCCGUCGACGAGGGCGCCGACACGCAGUCGGUCUUGCAGGAGGCCACCGAGCUUCUUCGCGCCAAGUUUGGCUUCCACAGCGUCACCAUCCAGGUGGAACGCUACCACAACGACAUGCGAAACUGCAGACUUUGCCAGGAUCCCUGGGACUGAGUGACCCCCCCCCAAAAAAAAUAAAAAAUUCUCCACAAAUUCACAACUUGUGAGCGUUUGGACCCCGGAAUGUCCAUCAACGUCUGCGCUGAAACCAAAACAGUCAUCAAAAUCACCUAUUUUUGCAAAAUCCAACGAACAUGGGUUUCCUUCAUUUCUAACUAAAUAAUAUAUCACUACUUCGUAUCGUCGCUGUCGGGCAGAAACUUUGUAUGUCCAAAUAUGGUCAAUUUCAUAUUUGAUCACAAAUCGAUACUGUUGGUCUAUCCCCAUGUCAUGUGUUAUUUUUACGCAUUAUUAACCAAUUCAGAGUGUUGAAAACAGUUCCCGUGAACACUCAACUGUCUGAGAAGUGUUGUCUUCCCUCACUUUGCGGGAGCCGUGCGGAAUUAUGUCGCCUCAAGAUUGAAAUGGUAAUGAUGAUGAUGUACCAUUUCAAUACCAUUACGCUUCAUUAUAUGCACCAGCGAAAUGACAUUCGCGAAGGACAAAAUAUUAGGAACAGCUCCAUGUGCGAUGCAGUACACUAUUAAUACCAAUCAAAAAUGGGAUAAUUAUUCAUGUUGGACAUCAUCAGCUGGUGUUCCUAAUGAAAUGUCCGUUUAUGUCUUUAGAAAAUACAUAUUUGUCCACAAGUGCAAUUGAAUCGGCCGGUUCA